AUGUCAAAACUAUCUAAUCAAUUGUCGUCACCAAUACUGAUAGUGAUUAUAACAAUUGCAAUAAUAAUUUAUGGAAACAACUGUGACAACAAACAAGUGGCCAAAACAUGGGAUAUCAAUAACGGCGACGGCAUUGCUAUGUUAUAUUGCGGUGACUGUACUGAUAAGGAAAGUCGUAAAUAUAUUGUAAACUUUAUGAACUGCACCCGUGACUGUCCACAAGCAAUAAAGAUGACUGAAAUGUCCAAUAAAUAUAAGUCAAAUCUCGAUGACUGUCUUCUUAGACUACAUGAGCUGAUGAAAGAGUUUCGCAAAAAUGCCAAACCUGAUGAUUACAAACGUAACGAUACGUGCAGUAUUGAACUGGACGAGCACAGGGAUCAGAUACUCAAAUGUGCUAGCUAA